GCAAGAUAACCUAAUAGAUAAGAAGAGGAAAAGGGGAAUACAAGUUGGGUCUCUGUUUCUGACUCCACAGUUUACCAGCACCAGUUAAGUUGGCACAAAAAAAACGUAGUAGUCACUUGAGCUUGAAUAUGACUGCAGAAAUUUGGGACGUUAUUAUUGUUGGCGCGGGACUAUCUGGACUGAGUGCGGCUCAUUUGCUCAGAAAAAGGAAUGCCAAGUUGAGAAUACUGAUAUUGGAAGGAAAAGAUCGGGUGGGAGGUCGCACAGUGUCCACUGAAAUACCGGCAGCCAAUGGUGUUGAUCGCUGGGAUUUUGGAGGGCAGUGGGUAGGACGAACCCAAACACACAUCUUGGAGCUUAUAGAGGAGCUUGGCUUAGAGACCUACCAACAAUUCAAUAUUGGCAAGAAGGUGCACCACAUGGGAGGGCCAGGUGCCAAAGUUCGCACCUACAGAACCAGUAUUCCUGCUCUGUCCCCAGUGGUGCUAAUGGAUCUUACCCAGCUCCUGUGGAAGAUUGACAGAUUGUGUGCCACAGUAUGCGUUGAGGAUCCUUCGAGGACUCCCAACGCUGUUGAGCUGGACUGUAUGACCCUGCACUCAUACAUUGAGCAACACGCGUGGACUACAGAACUCAAAGAGGAGAUGGGACUGUGUAGCAGGUCUGUCCUUGGCAUGGAGCCAUCCCAGAUGUCUUUUCUAUUCUUCCUCAUGUAUGCUGCAGCAGCUGGAGGGCUACUGCCACUGCUGGAGAGCACUCCAGGGUCUGCUCAAGAGCUCAAGAUAAAGGGAGGCACCCAACAGCUUUCACAGUGUCUGGCAGAACGUGUUGGGUGGAAGAAUGUCCGGCUGGGUUCUGCUGUGACGGCCAUAUGGCAGGAUGCUGAGUGGGCCAGGGUGACGACCAUCGCCAACACCUUCUUGUGCAGAGCUGUGAUCGUCACCUGCCCCCCUCAUUUGGCAGCAAGGAUCCGCUACCAGCCAGCCCUGCCCAGCCAGAGAGAAUUCCUUACUCAGAACAUGCCUGUGGGCCACAUGAUAAAAUUCAUUAUUACCUACCAGACGGCUUUUUGGAGGGAGAAGGGCUUCUCUGGGGAAAUAGUGACAGGAUCCUCUACCGAGUGUCCAUUCUGUGUUACCUUUGAUGCCACCAGCCCCAAUGGUAAUGCUGCCUUGGUAGGCUUCAUUGCUGGCGAGCAGGCAUCCCAAUGGAGCUCCGAGGAGGGUGGGGAGAGAAGAAAAGCUGUGGUUUCCAGUCUGGUCAAAUACCUAGGUCCUGAGGCCGCAUCUUUCAUCCAUUAUGAAGAGAAAGACUGGGCUAAGGAGGACUACAGCGGGGGCUGCCCUGUUAAUGUCAUGGCACCAGGUCUGCUAACAUAUUACCACCCUAGCCUGAGGAGGCCCUGUGGCAGGAUCCACUGGGCAGGCACAGAGACAGCCACCCUGUGGUGUGGGUACAUGAGUGGCGCAGUACAAGCUGGUCAGCGAGCUGCUCUGGAAGUACUGGCUGAACUCUGCCCAGUGACCCUGACCCAGGAGGAGCGGGAAGCAGUGCAGCACAGUCAAACUGUUCAGGGUGCCGCCAAGCAAAAACCAUCAUCCAAACUCAUGCAUAUGUCUACAAGCAAAGCUAUGGUCAUAGCAACACUGGCAAUAAGUGCAGCCCUCUUGCUGGCUCAGAAUCAAAAUGCACUGGUAAAGGUUAAAAUCUACUUCUCAAAUGUAUUUUCAGCAACCAAUCGUAAUAUAUUCCUAUUGUAACAGAGACCUGUAAAUACCUGUACAAUCCACCUGCUUAGACUGAAUGAACAAGUAAAGUUUUUGCUGGAGCUGAUUCUUUCUUUUCUAUUCCUAUUUUCACAUACUGCAUUAUUGAUAACUUUAGAUUGAAUAAGACUGAUUUACAUUAUAUCAUAUCAAAUCAUGUUAUAGUUAGAGAUGUCCCAGAGUUUGUUUGUUUUUUGCCCCGAGUCAUUUAGUAUUUAGAGUCCCAAUCUGAUACUUCUAUUUUCCUUAUAACAGAGAUGCAGGGUGCACACUUAAAGUACUUUUAAGUUAUAAAAAUCAAUCUGAUGUAUAUGUAAAACUCAAUAUGUGCGAUGCAAUGCAUUAAGAAAAAUAAACCUCCAUCUAAGCUGUUCCUUAAAGUUACAAUGUGUAAUUUACGUGGUUGUUUAUUAGCAAAUAUCAACUACUGCUUUCAUAAAUAUAUAUUUACUAAAGUGUAAUGCAAUUCACAUACAAAUGGAAGCUUUCUCAUAGGCUUAAAAUGAUUUCUCUAUAUAUACACACAGGCAGGGCACGGUCUGCUGGAGGCUGCCUUCUUGCGUCGACAUAUUUGAAUACAGUGGCCGAAAGGGAAAUAUGCACUUCGCCUUUCGCGUUUACCUAGAACUUGCCGUCACUGUGAAGAUCAAUCCGAGGCGCUUCUGUGUGAACCUGCUUUGUACUUUUAUGAUUCUGUCGCACUUUAAAUGGAGGACCACACAUAUGUUUUGCUCCGUAAGAGGGAAACCACGCCACCAAACAAAAGAAAAAGAUCAGAUAAGCGAGGAUAGGACAGUUAAAAUCGGCGUUGCUUAUUCCAGGUGGAAAGAACUCCUGAAGGAGAAGGAUUUCACAAGGGAUGCGGAGGUUGCCUGCUUUCUGAUAGACAGGUAAUUCAAUCUGAUAUUUUAAAAUCAUUUUGGCUUCAUGUUUGCAACUACUUUUCCCUCGCGUCUAAGUUCGAGUGACGGCUACGUUUAUGUGCUAACGUUAUCCUAGCCUUGGCUAACGUUAUCCCAGAGCUACAGCUAAAUGGUUAGCUGCCCCCUUGCCCCCUUCCUCUCCCUGGUCUUCCUCCUCUCCCUCUCCCUCUUCCUCAUCUCCCUGUGUCCUGUGGAAGAACACUCUGGAAACGCAUAUAUUAUAAUCGUACCAACCUAUAUUUGCCGCACUGUGCCGUGACUAUCACAUAAAACGUGUUAUUUUAGCAUUACUGUGCUAAUGUUUGCUCGUGUUACCAAAACAAUUAGAAAUAAAACACUCCUAACAUAUAUCUCACAGAUAACCUAUAUCUCACUGGUAAGCUAUAACAUAUCGUAACAUGGUUUAGAUUCCUAAAUAAAUAUUCACCUCAUUGCUAGAUACUCCUGAAAAUCUCGAAAAAGUCCGCUGUCUGCGCAAGGCUUUUUGUCCUACGAGGCCACCGUCACUUACCCGACGGGAGGGGUGAGCGAGUGAGCGCUGCAAUCUAGAAUUUGACCGCUGAUAUCACUGUUACUCACCAUUUUUACACACCGAGGCUUUAAAGAAAGGUUCGGAUCGGGCUCAAUAAAGCUCCAUAUAGCCAAUUGGGAUCAGUUAAAAAAAAUGCCUUGAUUGGCCCCAAUACCAAUCUUUGAGACCAGAUUGGGACAUCCCUGCGUAUAAUAUAGGUGAUUGUGGCAUUAAUUAAUAUGCUUAAUUAUUUGAACUAAUGACUCAUUAACUUAAAGUGUGCAGAUAAAAUUUUACG